UGAUCCAUUUUUUCGAUGCCGUGAAAGCGGAUCGCACCCAGAGCUGGCUGUACGCCGCCUGCUCGCUCUCCUACCUGGGCGCCAUGGUUUCCAGCAACUCGGCUCUGCAGUUCGUCAGCUACCCGACCCAGGUCCUGGGCAAAUCCUGUAAGCCCAUUCCAGUCAUGCUUUUAGGAGUGACGUUGCUGCGGAAGAAGUAUCCACCAGCCAAGUAUCUCUGCGUCCUCUUGAUAGUCGCAGGCGUGGCCCUGUUUCUGUACAAACCGAAAAGGGCGGCCGGGAGCGAUGACCACGUCUUUGGCUACGGAGAACUGCUCCUGCUGCUGUCUCUGACCUUGGACGGGCUGACCGGCGUAUCGCAGGACCACAUGAGAGCUCACUACCAGACGGGUUCCAACCACAUGAUGCUGAACGUUAAUCUGUGGUCCACCCUGUUCCUGGGCGCCGGGAUACUGUUCACGGGGGAGCUCUGGGAGUUCCUGAGUUUUACCGAACGCUACCCCAGCAUCAUUUACAACAUCCUGCUGUUCGGCCUGACGAGUGCACUGGGUCAGAGUUUUAUUUUCAUGACUGUGGUAUACUUCGGACCUCUGACUUGUUCCAUCAUCACCACAACCCGCAAGUUCUUCACCAUUUUAGCGUCCGUCAUUCUGUUUGCCAACCCCAUCAGCACCAUGCAGUGGGUGGGGACCGUCCUGGUGUUCCUGGGCCUUGGACUCGAUGCCAAAUUUGGAAAGGGAGUAAAGAAGACAUCGCAUUGAGGAAAUGUUGAUCUCUGCAGUUGAAAUGAACUUUUAAUUUAUUGUCUUGUACCUCAAAAUCUGUUGUGAAACUGGACUCAGGAUAGGUAAUCAGAAGGAGAGUGUUUGGUUGGGUUGGUUUGUUUGUUUGUUUUAGUUUUUUUAAUUCUAAAUUGUCUUUAAAAUGUAAUACUUUAGUUUUAACUGUAACUGAGCUUUUUUUUUUUUUUCUGUAAUCAAAGCUGCAUUACUAGAUCCUAGCAGCAGGAUGAGAUUCUUGCCUUAACAGGAAAAAAACUUCAUAUCUUUAUUAAAGAAAAAGAGACAAU